UUCUGCUUUUCGCUUGUUGCCCGAUUUUCACCCGCAGCGACGCAUCUCAUGAAAACGAAGACCAUGAGAAGUAUUUUUAAAAGAAGGAAUCUACUCUAAUUCUAUCUGUACCGCUUGAGAAGUGGUUCGCGUUUUCUGUCAAGGAUCGAAAUUCUUCAACAUCAUGACUUCCCCCACAGAGCUGUCCUUUAGCAAUAUUACUUCUUUUUGAAGAGCAGACUACUCAAAGGAAUAAAUCUUCACCGGAGCUGUUGUACAACACAGAUUUCUACUCGAAGCAAAAAGAAGCUUCGCCAGGCAAGAAAUCAUGGUAACGCACGACAAUUCGUCGGACAAGCACGCCAAAUGGCGCCAACGCUACAUGGAGUCCAAUUCCUCGGAGCACACCCGUAUCAAGUGCAAAUAUGUCUGGCUCUGGAAACUUGUGAUGCAUGUCACUGAAUAACAACCACACUGUAAUGCACCGCCAAGCAUGACAGAUUUCCCUGUGACUCUGUGUUGCGUAUUCCGCAUGAGAAACAUCGUUUUUGCAUAACAGACAAGAGGAGGUGUUCGUGGCCACGCAAUACAGAGUUCAGAGUCAUGCCAAACUAGCAUGAGAAGUAUCGCAAUUUUCCAGACCCAGACAUAUUUGCAAUGCAUAACCCGGUCGCAGUUGCGAAACGAACUUUUCCAAGAAGUCGCGAACAAUAGGAAGCAGAUGCUACAGCAAGCUAGGGAACGGGCGCGGGGUGGUGGAGGUGGAGCAGCCGCAGCUGCUACAACGACUCUCGGUGGAUCAUUUAUUUCCACCAAGGCACCGGCGUUCGGUGCAGCUGCAGGUGCGUCACCAGCUGCUCCACCCGGCUUCGGAACAUCAAACAUCGGCAGCGUUUCAAACGGAAACGAUCCAGAUCCACCUUUCAGCGGGGGCAGUAGUAGUUUCAGCACGCAUAACGCUUUCGCUGGCGCGACUGCGAGCGGAAUGACGUUUGCACCGUUCGGAAGUGCUGGCACUUUUGCUCCUGCUGCAACCACGGGCGCAGCUGCUGCACCAGUAGGCGCAGCUUUCAACACUUUUACCGCAAAAAAUCAUCAAAGCAACACACAGCACCAGCAAUCGGUAGAAGUUUUCGCACUCCACCCGAGCCCGCCUCCCCCAUCGACCUCUACUUUCCAGUUAAAGCAAGAUUUUCAGAAAGAGGUUCAAACGCUGUGCCCGGGCUACAUUUGGACCCCCGCGGACGAGAAGCAUUUUUUGGAAAGUGUUUUACCAGAUCUCGAGCACGCGAUCGAGGAGGACGAGUGUUGGAAGCUGGAAGAGCAACAAGAAUUACGCCGGAAUCACGAAGAGUUUCUGAUCAAAGAGCACGAGAGGGAGCAGGAGCUACUGUAUAUUCAGGAUCAGCUAGCCGCGGAGGAGAUGGAACUUCUAGAACAGGCGGACUCAUUAUCAACUGCAAAUAUGUCUGGGUCUGGAAGAGUGCGAGAUUUGUCUUGCUCGGCUAGCAAGACUCUCACGUCUGUCAUGCACGUUACCCAAAAGCCCCAUUUUUCUGUGAUGCAGAAACGCAGUUGUCAUGCAGAAUAGAAGGCAACACCUAGAAGCUCAGACGAAACUUGUCAUGUUGAGCCAUCACUUCUGGCCAUUUCAUGCUACGCAACUCAGCAUUACAAGUUCCCAGACCCAGACAUAUUUGCAAUGCAUACUCAUGGGUAGGGGACGAUGAUGAAAUAACCGGCGAAGAUGAUGCAGAAGAGCAGGAAUUCAUCCCCUAUCAAACAAAAAAAGUUCGUCACGAACACUCAUCCGCAUUUUUGCAAUGCAAAAUUUUCUGUCAUGCGUAAAAAUGCAUCACAGCCAAACUUCAUAAGGGAUGUCCCUAGUGUUUCUGCAAUACAAAGAAAAGCUGUGAUGCUGAAAAAAUUUGUAAUGCAAAACCUGCAAGGUAGUGACUGCGACAAACUUUUUUCUCUCCAUAUUCCCUGCCCGGUUUGCAACGUCGGAAACAUGGUGAUCCGUACUGGGAGUUGUGCGCCGAGCUUGAAUAUCAAAUGUACAAAUGUCUGGGUCUGGAAGGAUCCGAACUUGUGAUGCGCAUUUUCGAACACAGAAAAAUCUCUCAUGCAUAGGUAAGUAGCAAAAGCUGCCCCCUUUCUGUCACCAAAAUGUGGGAUUUCUCAUGCGGGUUCGGCAUUGCGGAAGCUUCUCGAAACCUGUGAUGCUAGAGCUUCCAUGCCAGACCUUCUGUGUCAUGCAAAAACAGCAUGAAUCUUCCAGACCCAGACACUUUUACAUUUGAUAUUGAAUUUAGAGUUCAAAGCGGUCACGCCACUGGAAGGAGAAAUUAUGACGAGCAAGAAUAAAGAGGGUAGUUCCUGUAUGGAUGUGUCAGAGUUGAAAUCGACAAAGUUGAAAUAACUUGUAAUGCAUAAAAUCGAUACCAGUUGCAAGGCCAAUUUCCAAGCAGCGCAUGACAAAUUUGAGUAGAGCCGAAAUCCAGUUUGUAAUGCUGUUUGGGUAAGGAAGACGCCUUGUGUCAUGCUACUUUAUCAGCUCUAUUUCUACCCCUAAACAGGCUUGCAAUCUGCCUCCCUUGCCUACUCUGCAAGACAGGCAUUCUCUGCUUUGCGUUUUAUGCAUGACAAAUCAUUUCAACUUUGUCGAUUUCAAACCUGACACUUCCAUAUCCUGGUGGCUGCAUUGUGCGGAGAAGAAGAACAGAAGGAAUAGAGCACAAAACCUAGUACCAAAUGCCGCUGUAUUAACCCUUUCUGUUCCGGAAGUAGAUGAGAGCAGCGCGGCCACACCUUGCAGCUUACGAACGCACGGGAUGUGCAUUGACCAUUUGGCAAAUCUGGUUGGCGGAGGUGGAAGCAAUGCAACUGGCACACUUGAAGAAGAACCGUCGAAAAAAACACAACUGCGUGAACUGAUUCGGGACCAACUGCAGGACGCGAUUUUGCAGCACAGGAGGUACUGCGCAAACAACUACGGUGGAAUCACUUCGAACGGUGCUAAAGCUGACUCUUCUGGUGCUUCGUUCCAAUACGAGCCCGCCAACCAGCCACCAAUGUUUGCACCCAUGGCACAAUUGUAUCGCUGCGAUCCUGCGAUUGGAUACAAACAGCUGGUGUUUUGAAUAGAAUACAUGUACGCGAGCGACAAAGAUUGAAACUAGAUUUGGAAAAAGUAUACAUAACUGGACAAGCGACAUCAAAUUGGUAAUCUACUCCUCUGCAAGUGAGAGCUGUUUCGCGAGUAGGACCGUUUACCGUACCAACUCUGAGAUGGUGCUGUUGUGUUCGAAUUUAGUUAACAAAAUGCGAUCAACAUGUGAAGAACGAAGAGGAAGGUGUUUUUGAAGCACACUGGAG